CUUCUCUCUCUCUCUCUCUCUCCAUAGCAUCGCCCACAGGAAAGAUCAGCCAUACCCUCAGCCACCUUUAAAGAGAGCUGGAAAGUGACUAACCCAACUCCCCCUCUCAACCUCUCUCUCAAUAUAUAUACACAUACAAUCAUCUAGUUCCUAAGCCCCCUUCAAAACCAAUCUUUAUUUGCACUUUUCUCUCUCCAGAUCAGAAUCAAAAACCAUCGCAAAAUGCCUUCGGAUCGGCCAAAUUCAUCUAUUUUACUUCACAGAAUCAACAACCCAACAACCAAUUCCACCGCCACCACCUCCUGCAAACAAUCCCCACAACAGCAGUCCACCACCACUCUUCAACGACGGACACCACUACCGUGUGCCACCCCUGUGCCAGGCUCCGUGGCACGCUACCAUACCCACCCAGUGGGACCCAGCCAGUGCUGCUCCGCAGUGAUCCAGCAAAUCUCCGCCCCGGUCUCCAACGUUUGGUCCGUAGUGCGACGCUUCGACAAUCCACAAGCCUACAAGCACUUCAUCAAGAGCUGCCACGUGAUUAACGGCGACGGUCACGUGGGCACCCUUCGUGAAGUCCACGUCGUCUCAGGCCUCCCUGCCGCCAACAGCACUGAGCGCCUCGAAAUCCUCGACGACGAGCGUCAUGUAAUCAGCUUCAGCGUCAUCGGUGGGGACCACCGCCUCGCAAAUUACCGGUCGGUCACCACCCUACACCCCACACCCGCCGGAAAUGGGACAGUUGUAACCGAGUCAUACGUCGUUGACAUACCGCCGGGCAAUACUAAAGAAGAAACUAUGGUGUUCGUUGACACCAUUGUUCGAUGCAACCUCCAAUCACUUGCUCAGACUGCCGAGAACUUAGCCAGACGAAACUCUUCAUGAAUACAUAUAUAUACAUAUAUGCAGUUAUGCACAGAACAUGACAAUCGGAGAGGAAACAAUGAAUCAACCGAUUGAUCUUUUGGUAACACGACGACUGUACCUAAUACCUAUAGUCUGUGAUGAUUUGAUGUUGGUUUUCAUAGUUAAAAUGCUUUUUUGAUGGCUUGAUCGUUUCGGGAAGUUGCCUGAGAUGUUCUUGACAGUGUUAUCGCCGCACCCAGUUAAUGUUAUAAUCUUUAUUGUUUCUUGUCCCUUUUGUUUUGCCUGUGUGAAAUA